AAUGAAGCCGAACUCUCCGAGCUUAUGCUGGUCAUGCAAACCUUGGAGGUCGACAAGAAGAACGCCACAAUCACCGAAGUAGAUGGGCCUUCUCAGAAGGUUAUCAAGGGUGGUCGCGCCCUACGAAAGCUGUACUCGAAUGUGUACAAGGACGCCAUGCGCAAGCUAAAGCAAUUCAUUCGCGACUCUGGCGCACAGGUUCCCAAAGUGUACAACCAAAACAAGGAGACUGACUUGUGUGGUGUCUGGUACGCUAUUGUGUCAGACAGACACUAUCAAAACAACAAGCUUCUGAUUCCUUGCUGCCUCUAUGAAUCUCGAGUCCUCCUCAUCACCCACUUACACCUACUCGGCGGCUCUCCUGCGCACUACACGAUCGUGAAGAAGCUCAACUACACAUCAUAUCAGCAAUUCAACGACGUGCUUCCCGAUCUUCUCGGCUACUCCAGAUGCGAACAAGCAGCACGUCUCGGAUACUCGACUACAAAGCCCACAGCUGGUCCAUGGAAAUACCAGUUUGCCCCAAGCUUGGACGCUCUUGACCCCGGGUGUUGGACAGAGCUGUGCGAAGAAAACUACGAGCAAAUGGAAGGUCAUCCCAAGCAGGUGGUCUUCUUGAUUCGUAUCUACAUGCUAACGUCUCCAUACAGGCCGCCGACCAAGCCAUACCAUUGGGCAUUGCGACAAAGGUUCAGAGCCGGCCCACAGACUGGAUCACGGGGCCGGUUCAGUUGCCCCGGUUCCUGCAUCCAACUUGCCCCUCCCUGCCUCCUCCCUGGCCCUCUGGAUGGCGCUGCCAAGGCCCUCGUGCCUCCAACUCUGGCGCCUGGCCUCACCAAGGAGGUCUCGCUUCCUUCUCAUCCCGUGAAGAAGCGCAGCAACCCGGACGACGGACAGCAAGAAAGCAAGAAGGCUAAGACCGAUGAGUAG